UAUAGUAUACUUCCACCUUCAGCCAGCAGUUCAGAAUGACUGCCACACUUUGGCGGUUGAUUGGGGUAGUCUCGAUUAUCGGUCUCGGCAGUUGCUAUCUUCAGACGGAUCGACCACCAAAUCCCAAGCAUGGCAACGGUCAACCACACAGCGAAAACGAUCGAUCCCGAAUAGCUACCCAAAUCGAAGAACUAGCGGAUGAUGGCGAGGUGAAUCCCUGGGAACUCAGUGGACUGUACGAAGGAGAUAUGCUGCUGGAUUCGCACCAGGCUAGGAACGGGAUACUGAACGAAACCAUGCGAUGGCCUAACGGAACCGUGCCGUACUAUAUUGAGGAUGAUGACUUCACUGAUGAACAGGAACUGGUAAUUCUGAAGGCCAUCAAGGAGUACCACAAGAAAACCUGUAUCAAGUUCCGGCCGUACCACAAGAGUGAUUUGAACUGGGUGGUCUUCCGUUCGAAUAGCAGCGGUUGUUGGUCCAGCGUUGGAAUGCAAUCCGAAGGACAGACCGUGAACCUCCAAUCACCGGGUUGCGUUAAGCACGGAGUGGUAGUCCACGAAUUGCUGCACGCUUUGGGAUUCUUCCACCAGCAGAGUGCCUCCAACAGGGACGACUUCGUUAGAAUCCUCUGGGAAAACAUCGAAUCCGGUCACGAACAUAACUUCGACAAGUACAACGAUACUGUGGUGACCAGCUACGGGGUGGAGUAUGACUACGGAAGCGUGAUGCACUACAGCGGCAAGGCUUUUUCCAAGAACAAAGAACCAACCAUUGAGGCUCUGCAACCGAACGUAACGCUUGGACAGCGGAAGGGGCUCAGCGAUAAGGACAUAACCAAGCUGGAUCAGAUGUACCAGAGUCGUUGCGUUCAGAGCACCGAUCCGGGCGAUUCGGAACCGCCGGGAUUCCUCGAUCAAUUUAACUCGUUGCUCGGUUUUCUCGGCAGCAAUUUGCUGCUGAAUCCGUAGAAAAUGCGGCUCGUGGAAGAGGG